UUCAAAUUACGAAACUUACGGAACACAUUUGCGACAGUUUAUAGGUUAUGUUAUUACUGAGUUAAAAAUUUUGGAUAAGAAUUAACAGAUUUAAAAAAAUGUCUUUACAAGCCGCAGCUCAAACCACAAUUCUUCUCGGUCGGUGUGUACCGUGUCUUAAGCAUAAUGCUUCCAAAUUUAAAAUCAAAAGACUGGAAUUGGACACUAAUCUGUUGAUGUACUUUGGUAAAGAAGAAUACGUAUAUGCACAUGACCCACAAAAAAUGUGCAAAACUGGUGACGUCGUAUUGAUUGAACAACUCCCAAAGAAAAUGACCCGUUUAAUUACACAUGCUGUCAAGAAAGUAGUUUAUCCACUAGGAGACAUCACAGAUCCUAUGACAGGAAAAAAAGUUGUUUCUGGCAAAUAUAGAGAUCAUAUUGAAGCUGUAAAUAAAGUAUAUGGUAAAAAAGAAGGGGCUUUUAAAUAUGAAGAGGCACCUCCAAGAGGGUGGCAAGAGGACAAAAAGGACUUCACACAUGCAGAAACUUACAUCAAAUAUCAUGAAUCAGAAAAAGAUGAUCCUUAUGCAGUAUAGACAUUCAAGAGUGAACUAGUCCCAGUUAGUUAACAGUUUGUGGAGAGUAAGAGAACUGUUUUGAAAUUUAACUUUGAGCUACUAUAAUUAACAGAAAAGUCAUAAUACUUGUUUUAGGUUUUUAUAAAAAUUAAACAACCUAAUACUUCACUAAAAUCACGUUGUCAACAGUCUUUAUUUAAAAUCUUAAAAUCUCGCAGUUUAAAGUACAUUACAUACAUUGCUCUAUGUAAACAAACGUUAGCAACAAAAUUUUGCUCAAUGUUGAACUAUUCAGGUAACAAACUUUCACAAUUGUAUUGUUACUACUUUAAUACUGCACUUCUAAAAAAUAUAAUCGAAAUAUUUUAAAAAAUUA